CUCAACAUGCAGUCUGUACUGAGAUAUUUAGACCUGACCUCUGUAGCUCUGGCCGUGUUGGUCGGUCUGGUCUCACUGGUUAUACUGGAGAUCUUCAGGUUGAGAUCAUUAAAAAGACAGUUACCUCCUGGACCUACACCACUGCCGUUUGCUGGGACUACAUUACUGUUCUUAAACGAUCCUGUGGGUCUCAUCAGAUCGCUGGUGCGGUAUGGUGAUCUGUCCACCCUGCACAUAGGAAAGAGACCCUUGGUGUUGCUGAAUAAUCUAGAUGUGAUGAAGGAAGCUCUGGUUCAGAAUGGAACUGCGUUCUCCGGAAGGCCGUACAUGCCCAUAAUGGAGUGGAUCACCAAUGGAUACGGUAUUGUGAUGGUCACGUACGGUCAUAUGUGGAAGCAGCAGCGACGUUUUGCUCUCCACACGCUGCGUAACUUCGGUCUGGGGAAGAAAUCCGUGGAGGAACGAGUGUCUGAGGAAGCACAAUGUCUCAUCAAAGAGAUGCUUAAACAAGAAGGAAAGGCCUUCGAUCCGAUCCAUCUCACCAUGAACGCCGUGUCCAAUAUCAUCUGCUCCAUCGUGUUUGGAGAUCGCUUUGAGUACGACGACCUGCGCUUCGCUAAACUGCUGAAAAUCCUGAAUGAAAACAUGGUGCUGUUUAGCUCACCGCUUGCAUUGAUGGUCCACUUUUUUCCCUUCACAAUGCACCUCCCUGGUCCACAUCAGAAGAUCUAUCAGAAUGCCAAGGCUUUAAAGGACUUCAUCCGAGAGGCCAUGGUGGAGCACAGAAAGACGCUGGAUCCUGAAAAUCACCGCGACUUCAUUGAUGCCUACCUCAUGGAGAUAAGCAAGAACAGCUCAAGCGAAGACUCGACGUUUCACGAGGAGAACCUGGUAAUGUCCACCUCUGAUCUCUUCCUCGCUGGAACUGAGACCACAUCGACCACGCUCAGAUGGGGCUUCAUUUUUAUGAUGAACCAUCCAGAUGUUCAAGAGCGCUGCCAUGAGGAGAUCGUUCGCGUGUUGGGUUACGAUCGAGCCCCUAGCAUGGACGACCGAGCAAAACUCCCGUACACACUCGCCACCGUUCAUGAGAUCAUGCGCUGUGGGAACAUUCUCCCACUCGGCGUGUUUCACUCAACCACGCAGACAACACAGCUACGAGGGUACACCAUCCCUAAGGAAACGCUGAUCAUGACCAAUUUAACAGCCGUAAUGACGGAUAAAGAUCACUGGAAACAUCCGGACACGUUCAACCCCGAGAACUUUCUGGAUGAGAACGGCCAGUUCUGCAAAGACGAAUUCUUCCUUCCUUUCUCUCUGGGUCCGAGGGUUUGUCUCGGCGAGUCUCUUGCCAGGACAGAGCUCUUCAUCUUCUUCACCUCUCUGCUGCAGAGGCUUCAGUUCUCCUGGCCCCCCAAUACACCACCUGUUGAUCUGGAUGGCAUUGUGGGUACGGUGAAAAUGCCCCAUCCGUUCCAAAUGAUCUGCAGGAGUAGACAAUCCUUCUAAUAAUUGUUAAUAAUAAUUUUAGGUGUUUGUGCCACACCUUUCCUCCCAUCUCCCCAAAUAUAGUGGUAGGUUGGGCUAUACCACUAAGGUGUGUCGCCGGAGUCCUGGCACUGUUUUGCUUGGAUUGAUGUGUGGUAAAGUGUUUUAUGUAUUUGGUGUCUCUUUUUGUGGUGAUUUGCUUUACACUUAAGAUGGUAGCUGCACUGUUCUGGUUACCAGACCACCAUAGUCGUAUUAAUCUCUUUUAUUUCUUUAUUUCUGUCUGAAUUUUACUGCGCUUCUAAUCUUCAGCACUAUUCAUCAUUGGUUGUAAAUUUGUUUUUAAAUAAAGUUAUGCUGUUUCUAUUUGUUCUAGAGCAAUUCUUUUAAAAGUAUUAUGUAUUGUUAUAUUGUUAUAUAGAGAAGCUCCAAUUAAUGCAAGUGGACACCUUCACAACCUCCUGGAUUACUGACUACCUGACAGACAGUCCGCAUUUUGUGAGACUGAAAGGAGGUGUUUAGGUGAUCAGGUGGUUAGCAGCAUAGUAGCACCGCAGGGGACUGUUCUCUCACCCUUUCUCUUCACCCUGUAUACCUCAGUACAACUCUGAGUCCUGUCAUCUACAAAAGUUCUCAGAUGACUCAGCAGUGGUGGGGUGUAUUAGUGGUGGAGAUGAGGGUGAGUACAGGGAUCUGGGUGACCACUUUGUCUCAUGGUCAAGGAACAACCACCUUCUUUUAAAUGUGGCCAAGACAAAAGAGAUGGUCCUAGACUUCAGGAAGACCAGGACUGCUUUGAAACCCCUCUGUAUCCUGGAGGAGGAUGUGGAGGUGGUGGAAAAUUACAGAUACCUUGGUGUCCAUCUUGACGACAGACUAGACUGGAAGUGCAACACUGAGGCUGUCUACAGAAAGGGCCAGAGCAGACUUUAUUUUUAUAGGAGGCUCAGGUCCUUCAAUGUAUGCAGCAAGAUGCUACACAUUUUUAACCAGGAAGGCUGGUUCUGUGCUGGGUUUUGCUCUGGAGCCCCUAGAGCUGGUUAUUGAGCAGAGAAUUUUGCACAAGCUGCUCAACGUAAUGGACAACACCACACACCCGUUACACGACCUGCUGAUUAAACAGCAAAGUGCCUUUAGUGGAAGGUUCCGCCAACUUCCGCUGCAACAAAGAGCGCUAUAGGAAGUCAUUUCUGCCCACAGCGGUGGCAACCUAUAAUAACUCUCACUGGUGCAAGAGAAGGACGAAGAACCUAUAACACCCACAAAAGACAAUUAAACUUACAAUUUGCACAUGGUACUGUUUUAUUUGCACAGUUUUAAAUUGCACAUCUGUAACUGCACCGUUAGGCUCCCCCCUUUUUAUUUUUCUUUUUUUCUUUUGUUCUUGUCCUGUUAGAUGAUUUUAUAUUCUUAUAUUUUAUAUUAUUAUAUUUUAUUUUCUUUAUAUAUAUUUUUAGAUUUUAUAUCUUACUUGUAUUUACAUUUGUCUUAAUUUUUUUUUAUUCUUUCUUUUACCUCAUUGUAAUGUCAUUGUGUGAUGUUUUUUGUAAUAAUUGUUAUUGCU